GGGAUAUCGCGGGACGGAGGACGAGAAUCUCGCGGUGGCUUCGUUAGGCAGUCAGAGCGGCAGAGGGAGAAGGUUGGCUCAGGCAGGCUUUCACGUCAGUGAAGCAUGUCGCUUUCGAGUUUGCAGGGACUCUUACUACCCAAACACGGGACGCUGCCACAUUACCAAUGAUUUUACGGAGGAGCAGAUAGAAAAGGGUUUGUUAAGAAUUCAAAAUAGAGAGGCGGAAAAUGUCUCGGUGGAUUUGGUUCCCGCUGCUGCUGCUACUGCUUCUUCAGUUGGUGUAUGAAGUUGAAGCGCAGGUAGAAAACCGGGUGAUUUUCCUGCCGGGGAGGUUCCAGAACGUGAGCAUCUCGCAGAAUGAGACGGUGCAGGCGGUGGUGUCCACGAUCCCAUCAGAGGUCGCUUUCAUCACUCUGCAGUUCCACACGCAGCAUCGAAACGCAACAAUCUCCUACACAAGGAUGCCGGGCCUGGGCCUCUCCCUGACUGCGGUGGACUCGGGGCUCGUGUCGGCUCUCCGGCGGGACCAAACGUCCCUCACCUUGUUCCUGUCCUCUCCUGAUGGCAACACUGUGGCAGGGACCGGGGUCAUCCUCUCCUACUCCAGCACCGAUCCAGUUCCAGGAGCGUGCAAUAUGGAGUUUGACCUGGAAAUUGACCCAAACAUCUACAUCCACUACAAUCUCUAUGAGACCACGAUCCGUUUUGCACCUGCCAACCUGGGAUAUGAGAGAGAUGGAGCUCCUCCAGCCUGCAGCCAAUCCACAGGAGCCGACACGCGCUGGCGGCUGCAGUACGACAUCUACCAGUACUUCCUGCCUGAGAAUGACCUGUCAGAGCGCAGCCUGUUCACCGGCUUUCAGGCCGUGGCCGACAAGCAGGGCAUGAUGGAGAACGGCAAACGGGUCAUGACGCUGGAAUCGACAGAUGUGAGCUCGAUGGUUUUCAACUCCAUCCCCGGUCAGGGCAUAAUCUACUCUGUGAUCGUUAGAGACCCGCUGUUGAACACCUCGGCCUCUUACGUGCCCGCCCACACCUACGCCUGCAGCUUCAAUUCCACUCUAGACAGCUGCCAAACUCUAGGGAAGAUAUCUACAAAAAUCUUCUUCACCAUCACUGGCUUGGCAGGGCUGUUUGUCUGCUUCUUUGGGCAUCGGUUCUUUAAAUGUGAGCUGUUUUGCAUGGGAUUCAGCUUUGCAGCCUUUUUGUUCUUCAUCCUCAUCACGAGGACCACAGAGCUGGACUAUGACAUCCGUCUGACCCUGUCGGCCGUGCUCGGCGUGGUGGGCGGGAUCAUCCUGGUCAUGAUAUGGUGGCGUUUCGGUUCAGUCGUGGCCGUGGUCGUGAUUGUGGUCGGCCUGAUGCUCGGCUUCCUCCUCGCCUCCGUUGUCCUCUUCACUCCAUUAGGAGACAUCAAUGUGUUCAGGAAAUCCGACGCUGUUUUCUGGGUGACGUUCUGCUGCGUCACGCUCAUCGUUCCACUCUUUUUCGUGCGUUGGCCCAGAGAGGGAAACAUCACCACAUGUGGCAUCGUUGGCGCUUACGCUGUGGUUCUGGCUGUCAACGCCUACAUUUACACAAGCCUCUCUUACAUCACCCUGAAUAUCCUCAAGCGCUUGCUCAACAACACCUUCAGUGCAGUGUUCACUGACGUGCCGUUUCAAACCAUCGAUUACAUCAUGAUCACAGUGUGGGUGGUGCUCAGCGUGUGCGGCAUCGUCCUGCAACUCUACCGCGAGCGCUCCCGGCCGUUCUUCCCGCCCAGCCCGUACCUCAUGUGGCAGCAAGAACGCGAGCGGCGCAAAACUAACGUCCUGGACCCGAGCCACCACUUCCCCUCUCUGCCCAGCCGCCUCCUGGCACGAGUGCGGCAGCUCACCAUGCGCACUGAGCCGGUGGGAGAGCACACACCACUGCUACUGUAAACCCAGGACACAUUCAAUGGGUGAGGUUACGUUUGACCUUGGGAGCCUCAGGCUGCCAAGUUACAAGGACACCAGAGCCUGAUUGGACAGGUGCUGAGGCUCCAGCUCAGAUCAGCUGAUGGAACUUGGGCCUUAGUAAAAAGUGACAUUACAGACCUCAAGCAGAAGGAGCGACUUCCUCUGAAAACUAACGCCACUUUUAUCAAACACUUUAAGACAUUUUAACAAUCACAGAGGAGGGACUGAAAGAGUUGCCUUAAUUAUCUUUUGAAUGUCUGAGAUGCUUGUUUUGAUGCUUCAUGUUGCUUCUGCUCAGUUUACCGUCAGCACUGAAGUCCCAAACCACUAACAGUUCACAAAGUAAGGCGUCUCAUCUCAAGUUACUCAGAUUAUUUCCAUCAGCACAGUUUUUUUUGUUUGUUUGUUUGUUUUUAAAUGACAAAACAGAAGAUAUGUGUUUCCUCGGUACAUGGUGUAGACCUGCUGACCACUACUGUCAUGGAAAACUUUAAUAUGGAAGUCUCAUGAGCCACUUUAAGCUCUAACUGGACUCCUGCAGGUCACAAAAGACAUUUUAAUACAUUUUAAACAAAAAGAAUAAUAAAUCAAGAUUUAAUAUUUAUCCAAAUGUGUGCCAUAUAUGAAUGUUUUAACCUGUUUGCUUAUCUUGAUUGGACUGAAGUCAUGCAGUCCUGUCACUCUUUUUGUACUUUGCACACUGGAUUUUACACUUUUUUUUAAAUUCCUCUCGCUUUAAUGGUGCUGGCUGAUUUCCUGUGAAUCUGUUGUGCCACAACUUUUCUCAGGGCUUCACACUCAGCUUGAAGACUACUGAUGAGACAGCUGAUGAACUCUUUCGCCUAUAAGUCAACAGGAGUUUGUUAGGAUUUCAGAACUGUUCACAUGACUUUUAUAAAUGGCAUCCAGAUCUGUUUUAAAAGAUAAGGUCAGUUGUAAAUUGUAAUUUAAUGUGUUUUGAUAUUUAAUAAAUGCCUAGAGGUAA